AUGGAUCUCGAGGAUCCCAGCUUUUUCUUACAAGAUGAUCUCUUCCAAUCAAUUGAAAGCGAAUUGAGCGAUCAAAUAUACAGUAAGGAUGAAAAUAUUCUGAUUCCACUUACCGACGCUUCGAGGAACCCAUUGAAGGUCUUGAAGUUGGAAUAUAGUAAUGAUCUUCCUGAAUAUCCAUUAACUGACCCAAAUGGAUAUGGCUAUGUUAUAAACGUGCCCCCUAAUCAGCGGAGGGAAACUGUCGAGGACAUGGUCAACAGCACUACUUUACAAGACAUUCAACACAGAAUUAGUGAAAUCAAGAAAGAUGCAACUAAAGAUGCUGUGUAUAGGUAUAAAGUUUUACUGUACAGCAAAGAAUCUCUUUAA